GAUAGAUAUAGAAAGAUAUAGGAUUAAUUAUUAUCUCAAUUCUACAUUUCAAUUGCAAACACAAGAAGUGUGAAUGAAACAGUGGGGGAGAGAGGUCUGAUCUUUCUGUUUAGGGUUUCAUUGUGAAGGUGAAAGCUGCUAAGAGAUAUGGGUAUGUAAUCUUCACUGUUAAAUUAGUUAUUGUCUUGAAGGAGGAAGUGUAGAAUCAUCUGAACUGUUAUUUGUGUUUGAUUGAGAAGUGACUUUAAUUGGUUAAAAGUCAGUGUCAUCUGAAGGUCUAAAAAGAGUAGAAUUCGAGCUGGGUUUUGAUCUUGGGAAAUUGGUGCGGAGUAAUGGGUUAUUUAUGCGACUUCUGUGGGGAGCAGCAAUCAAUGGUAUAUUGUCAAUCUGAUGCAGCUUGCUUAUGUUUUUCCUGUGACUGCCGUGUCCAUUCUGCAAAUGCCCUUUCACAGCGCCAUUCCAGGACACUUGUAUGUGAAAGCUGCAAUUCACAACCGGCUUUUGCUAGGUGUAUUGAGGAAAGUGUAUCUCUUUGUCAGAAUUGUGAUUGGGAAACACAUGCUAGUUCUAGUACAAGCUCCGCCCAUACUAGGCAACCGGUUAGUCAUUAUUUGGGCUGUCCUUCAGCUGCAGAACUGCCUUCACUCUGGUCUUUUCUCUUAGGUAUCCCUGCGAUCGGUGAUUCCACUUGUGAGGGUGGAAUGAGUUUAAUGAGCUUAACAAAUAAUGAUCCUAGGGAUAGCCAAGGGUCUGAAGGAAAGAGUGCUCAAGAUGUGUCCACUGUGGUUGAAGGAAGUGACUCGCGGAGUGUGGAUAAAUCCACCAUUUGCACGGAAUCUUCUAAGGCAACUCCACUUAACAAACUGGAGAAUGUUGAACUGCUGACUGAAUCCACCAAUUCUACUUCAAAGGUUUGCUAUUCUGGAACCAAAGGCCAAACUUUAUAUGAAGAUGAACCUACCUAUGGGGAUAUCAAUAUGGAUGAACUUGAUCUAAGUUUUGAGAAUUAUGAACAAUUUACUGCAUCUCUUGAUAAUUCAAAUAAGCUUUUUAAGGAUGAAGGUAUUGAUGACUUUUUUGGAACAAAUAAUGUGCCUGGUGCUGAUAAUGAUUCUCAGGAUGCAAAUGAUGUCGAGGGGUCAUCAAUCAAUUGGAUAAAUACAAUACAAGCGGAGCUCAGCAAUGCUGCAUUUGCAGAUUCCACAACCAGCAAAACUGAAUCUAUAAACUGUUUUGCAAGACAAGAUAAGUACGGCCUUUCAUUGUCGAAUCUCUCUGGAGAGAGCGCUGGACUUCAGCACUCUGGACUUUCGUCGAUGUUCCUCAUGGGAGAGUCACCAUGGGGUACCUCAGGUCCUGAAAACUUAUUGCCUUCAAGUAGUAGGAGUGACGCCAUAUUGCGCUACAAAGAGAAGAAGAAGAUACGCAAAUUUGAAAAGAAAGUGAGGUAUGCUUCGCGUAAGGCAAGAGCUGAUGUUAGAAGGCGUGUGAAGGGAAGAUUUGUCAAAGCGGGUGAUGCUUAUGAUUACGACCCAAAAUGCCAAACCAGAACCUACUGAGUAAAUAUUUCUCUGCAUACGCUCUGGGAACAAAACAGUCCUUAAAUUUCUUAGACUUGUUUUUGGCGCUUCUUGCAAAUGGAUAAAUGAUGAAAAAAAUUAUGGUGACUGCAGUAUACUGAACAGAACAGAACAUCCACAUCAAUGAAUCAGAUUCGGUAAUUGCAGGAAAAAAAAAAAAGAUGGUUGUAUACUUCAUUCAAAAAUUAAACUUACCUACUUUAACAAGGAUGGCUUUCUCCAAAAAAAAAAAAAACAAAAAACAAAAAAGAGUACUGCAUUUGGGCUGAGGAUUCUCAUGCAGGGCUAUCCUGCCUCCCAUCUUCAACUCUAACUGGACAGAGUUUGCGCGCGAUGUGAUGCCCUGAAACAUUCAGAAAUGAUUUCAGGUUCAAAGGAUUAAAAGCUCUCUUGGAAUGCUGUCCUGUGAUCUAUACUUUUACCCCUCUAUGCAGUAUGUAGUAGGAGUUAGGUGUUUCAAUUGAUUCUCAAGAAAUCAAUGGAGAUGUAAAUAUUUUCCCAGUCUUUUGAUUCACAUUUAAGAGGGGUAAGAGCUUUGAAAUAAUACCCUCAUAUAUAUAUAUAAAUAUAAAUAUAAAUAUAUUCUUCAUUCAAACGAUUGUAAUACAACUGUUUGUAAUAAUCUGAGGUUUUCAAUGCUUUGCCAUU